CUCCCUUUUGCAAUCACACGACCUUAAAACUUCCGAUGGAGUUGCCUCCAAUCAAUUUACCGUCGAUUCGAUAUUUUGUGUAGAUUAUGAAUUCCGUUCUUAUUUUAUAUACUGUGAUUUUGUCAUGUACAUCCGAAGUUGUAUCCCUAUCAUGCGAUUGCACUACACAGGACAAUGGACUGAGUGUGAUGUCGAUGGCUUUGAUAGGAGUAUUAGGCCUCCUGAUCAUAGUGGUCACAGCACUCGCUAUAAUGGUGGUCAAACUCAGCUUUUCUAAACGAGCGCCAAUGCGUCGACCGAGGCCAUCGGAGAGAAAGAACCAUUCGAGAAAUUCCAGACACAAACAGCAGAACACCACAAUGGAGCCGAGCUCGCAGCCCGUGCUGUCGGCCCUCUACGCCGAGGCCGAGACGCCACUGACGAAAAACGUGCGCAUGACAGACGAUGCGUCACAGCAUUACGCAGAGGCGGGGGGCACGGGGCAUUACGCUGAGACGCAAGCGUUCGCGGUAACGGAUGAGCCAAAACACACAACUGGAGUUAAACGAGGAGGGAAGUAUGGCUACUCGACUGUAAACAAGCCUGGUAACAAAAAGAAGAGCAGUGACCAGGCUAGUAAAUCAUCCUCCACGCUCCCUCGCCACCUACCGAGCGACAAUGUAUACAUGCCUCUGACAGAGGGAGAGUAUGACCAUUUGAAUCAACCGAGACCCAAGAACUCGAUUCCAAACGAGAACCAGACAAAGGGAAUCAAGCUAAUUCCAUAUCAACAAGUUAGUUUAAGGAGAAAGAAGGAACCCGAGAUUCCGUACGAUGUGCCACGAAGUCAUAAGAAGAAUUUAAAUCCACAGGAAACGUACGACGUGCCGCCAUCCCACACAUCACAAUCGUCAGAGGCCCAAGAAACGUACGAUGUGCCCCCUUCAUCUUCUCAAAACCAUACCGAGACUCAAGAAACGUAUGAUGUCCCGGGAAGUAAUACACCGCUCAAUGACUACGACGCUCCCAGGAGCAACGUUAACUCUGCUGCCAGUAGUCAGAUGAUGUACGACGUACCCCCACCGUCUAACGAGCGGCCCCUCCCCGGGCAGAUGAUGUACGAUAGGCCCCCACUGAUCCCAACAGCUCUGUCAGGCGUCUACGAUGUCCCAAAGUCACAGAAAAACAGUCCCAAAAAUAGCCCCAAAUCAAGUCCCAAACUGGGAAACGUUAUAAAUAAAUGACACUCUAUCAAGAACUGACAGAACAACGAAGUAAAUGAUAUCAAUGGGUAUUUUAUGAUUUUUCUACUGGAUCCCAUCAGCAAACUUAACGCCUAUUAUAUCUUGUACAUAUCUUAAUUAUCAAGUUUUUGUUUACAAUUUGAAAGAAUAUAAAAAUGGUUUAUACA